AAAUGAUGUGGAAAUUGUAUGAAACUUUAUUUAAAUUAAAUAUUAAUUCCUUACGAACUAUGACUGGAUUCUGUAGUAUAAGAAUUAAAUCCCCACAUAAUAACUGUUCUGUGUUUGGGGGCGUGCUUCACCUUGAUUAAUUCAGUCUUCUGUCCAAUCAAUGCUUAAGUGGGCGGUGUUCAAGCGCUCAAGGCGCGCGCCCGGGCACGGAGACCGUAACUCGGUCCGGAAUUCAGCGCAGAGUGAUGCCAGUCCCAACGCAGUCACAUUCAGUCAAGGAAUAAGUCCCUUUCACCUCCUCUGUCAUAUAAUCAAGUGAUCCAGUUUUACUUGCAGACUUACACCAAGGCAUAACUUCAGACCAUGCGCUCUAUGUGAACAUCUGCGCAAAGACGCACAGGCUGAAAGACAUUUGACAGCUCACCAACGGGACUUUGGAGUGGACAUGUGAAGAAAUGGAUAUGCAGCCUCUUCGUAUGAUCAAAAUGCGAUCUGACAUCAUCGUCGUCCUCAUCCUUACUGCUGUGAUUGUUCCCCUGUGCACCUCGCAGUCAGUGUGUCCUGGCACUGAUAACAAGCUCAGCACACUGUCGGAUUUGGACCAGCAGUAUAAAACUCUUCGCAAGUUCUACGAGAACUGUGAGGUGGUCAUGGGUAAUCUGGAGAUCACCAGUAUUGAAAGAAACCGCAACCUGUCUUUCCUCAAGUCCAUCCGUGAGGUGACUGGUUACGUGUUGGUUGCUCUGAAUCAGUUCGACUAUCUUCCUCUGGAGAACCUGAGGAUCAUCCGUGGCACUAAACUGUAUGAAGGACGCUACGCUCUGGCCAUCUUUCUCAACUACAGACGAGAUGACAACUUUGGCCUUAGACAACUCGGCCUCAAAAACCUGACAGAAAUCCUGAAUGGAGGUGUGUAUGUAGAUCAGAACAAGUUCUUGUGCCAUGCUGACACCAUCCACUGGAAUGACAUCAUCAAGAACCCACGUUCUGAACUUCUGGUGGUUCCCUCCAACAACAGUGGCAACUUAUGCAGACGGUGUCACAGAUCUUGUAAUGGACGUUGCUGGGGUCACCAGGAAGACCAGUGCCAAAGCUUGACAAAGACGGUGUGUGCAGAGCAGUGUGAUGGACGCUGUUUUGGUCCGUACGUCAGUAACUGCUGCCACCGUGAAUGUGCAGGAGGCUGUUUCGGACCCAAAGACACAGACUGCUUCGCUUGUACCAACUUUAAUGAUAGCGGGGCCUGUGUGACACAGUGUCCUCAGCCAUUUGUCUACAAUCCAACAACCUUCCAGCUCGAACACAAUCCCAAUGCCAAAUACACCUAUGGAGCUUUCUGUGUCAAGAAAUGCCCACAUAACUUUGUGGUGGAUCACAGCUCUUGUGUCAGAGCCUGUCCGAGCAACAAGAUGGAGGUGGAGGAAAAUAAGAUCAAGAUGUGCAUUCCGUGCACUGACAUAUGCCCGAAAGUGUGUGAUGGUAUAGGCACUGGCAGUCUUCAAAUGGCUCAAACUGUAGAUUCCAGCAACAUUGAUAAGUUUGUCAAUUGCACCAAGAUCAAUGGCAACCUCAUCUUCCUCAUCACAGGCAUCAAAGGGGACAUGUUUCAUGGUAUAAAAGCUCUGGACCCUGAUCGGUUAAAUGUAUUCCGCACCGUCAGAGAGAUCACAGGUUUCUUGAACAUCCAGUCUUGGCCAGAAAACAUGACAGAUCUUGGUGUUUUUUCAAACCUGGCCACCAUUGGAGGACGCUCUCUUUAUAGUGGUAUUUCUCUGCUGAUCCUAAAGCAGCGCUGGAUCUCUUCGCUGAAGUUCCAGUCUUUGAGAGAGAUCAGCGCUGGUAACGUCUACAUGACCAACAACAGCCAGCUCUGCUUCUACAACACAGUGAACUGGACCAGUCUGUUCCACACCAGCACCCAGAGAGCUCUGAUCAAGAACAACAGGGACCCCAGAGAGUGUACUAACAAGCAGAUGGUUUGUGAUCCGUUGUGUUCAGAGGCAGGAUGCUGGGGUCCCGGUCCAGACCAAUGUCUCUCAUGCAAAUACUUUAGCAGAGGAAGGACAUGUGUCAAAUCCUGUAACUUAUAUUACGGGGAUGUUCGAGAGUACGCCAAUGGCUCAGUUUGUGUUGAGUGUGACAGCCAGUGUGAAAAAGCCGGAGAGAAAAGUUUGACCUGUCAUGGCCCGGGUCCAGAUCACUGUCUGAAGUGCUUGCAUCUCAAAGACGGACCCAACUGUGUAGAGAAAUGCCCUGAUGGUCUGCAGGGAGCAAACAGCUUUAUCUUCAAAUAUGCUGAGACCAACAACGAGUGCCAUCCCUGCCACCCCAACUGCACACAGGGUUGUAGUGGACCCCGAGUACAAGAUUGUGUUGGCAUGUUGGACAGCACUCCUCUGAUUGCAGCUGGGUUAAUCGGGGGUCUCUUUGUGAUGGUCAUUAUAGCUCUGGGUGUGGCCGUUUACAUCCGCAGAAAGAGCAUUAAGAAAAAGAGAGCUUUACGACGUUUCCUGGAGACUGAGUUGGUGGAGCCAUUGACGCCCAGUGGUACCGCACCAAACCAGGCUCAGCUGCGUAUAUUGAAGGAAACUGAACUUAAGAGAGUCAAGAUUCUGGGAACUGGAGCCUUUGGCAUGGUCUAUAAGGGAAUCUGGGUUCCAGAAGGGGAAACUGUGAAGAUUCCAGUGGCUAUAAAGAUACUCAAUGAAAGUACAGGACCUAAAGCCAAUGUGGAGUUUAUGGAUGAGGCACUAAUCAUGGCCAGCAUGGAGCAUACUCAUCUAGUGCGUCUUUUGGGGGUCUGCUUGAGUCCCACUAUUCAGCUGGUCACUCAGCUCAUGCCCCACGGCUGCCUGCUGGACUAUGUACAUGAACACCAGGAGAACAUUGGCUCCCAGCUGCUGCUCAACUGGUGUGUGCAGAUCGCAAAGGGUAUGAUGUACUUGGAGGAGAGGCGGCUGGUGCACAGGGACCUCGCGGCCCGUAACGUCCUGGUAAAAUCUCCAAACCACAUCAAGAUCACUGAUUUUGGACUUGCUCGACUGCUGGAUGUUGAUGAAAAGGAGUAUAAUUCAGACGGAGGCAAGAUGCCCAUCAAGUGGAUGGCCCUGGAGUGCAUUCAUUACAGGAAGUUCACACAUCAGAGUGAUGUAUGGAGUUAUGGGGUGACUAUCUGGGAGCUGAUGACGUUUGGAGGAAAGCCGUAUGAUGGGAUUCCCACACGUGAGAUUCCAGACAUCUUGGAGAAGGGCGAACGUUUGCCCCAGCCGCCCAUCUGCACCAUAGACGUCUAUAUGGUGAUGGUGAAAUGCUGGAUGAUUGAUGCUGAUAGUCGGCCUCGGUUUAAAGAACUUGCUGCAGAGUUCAGCCGCAUGGCACGAGACCCUCAGAGAUACCUCGUCAUACAGGGGGAUGACCGCAUCAAGCUGCCCAGCCCUAACCACAGUAAGUUCUUCCAGAGUAUUCUGGACGAGGAAGAGCUGGAUGACCUGAUGGAUGCUGAGGAGUACUUGGUUCCUCAGACCUUUAAUAUCGCUACCUCUUCUUACACAUCAAGACCACCAAUGGAUACCAGUAAAAUACAAUUGAGGUGUCGUGAGAGAGUUUUUAGCACAGAAGAUGGGAUGGGGGCUUGUUCCCAUGAAACUUCUGGAUCAGUGAGUGGCGUCUUUCUCCCUGGAAGCACACAAGGUACGGGUCUUGAUGCCCUUGAGGAACAACAGUGUAAUGGGAGUUUGAAGAAACAGCCCAUGUCCGGCUCAGGAGACGACUGCGACGGCCAACGCUAUAGCGCUGACCCAACUGUCUUUCUUGGAGAGAGGAAUCCAAAGACCACUGAUGGAAAUGGUUACAUGAGCCCUAUGAACAAGUCAUCCUCAGACCAUCUUAGUCCUGUUGAGGAGAAUCCCUUUGUAAACCAACGGAAAAAUAGUAAUAUUAAUGCACUGGACAACCCGGGUUACCACAGCACACCUGAUAGGAAACCCAAGGGAGAGGAUGAGUAUAUCAACGAACCCCUUUACCUAAACACAUACAAUAACAGUAGUGGUACAAACCAGGAGAUUAUGAGGAAAGAUGGAGCUUCCAUCCCGCUACAGAUGACAACAGCAGCCAACACUGCAAGUAGCCACAUUAUCCUCUCAACACAAACUGGGAAAGCCCACCACCAUGGCCAGGGAACACAUGUUCAUUUCGCCGUUCCACCUGUUCAGCCCCCCCAAACCAGAUCGAUGAGCCAAAAUGGGCAGCAUUCCCAAUCGCCACAUGGUGCAGAAUCCAAUUCCUCUAGCAUGUCUGGCAAUCCCUCCUUGUUAACCCAAAUCUCCCUCGUCAGCCAACAGAUCCAACCUUGUCUUGUGAGUCAGUCCGGCUCUUCAACCCAUCCGGCUCAAGUGGUAAAAUCUGCAGUCACUAGUAAAAGUAUUUCUGGCCUUCCCGGCCACCUUGUCUAUCCAGGUAACAUGCUUCAAGCGGGUCAUACUGGGACUGUAAUGGUCGACAGGAAGUCGAAGAAGAACUUUGAUUAUCCUGACUACUGGCAGCAUAGUCUACCACCCAAGGUGACUCAGCCAAACCCUCAAGACCCAACGCAAGUGUGCAAAAGCAAACAUCUCUACAGGCACAGCAUCCGAAGUCGCAUCGCCGUGGCUGACAACCCUGAAUAUCUUUCUGAGUUUAACAAGAGACCGGGAACAGUUCUGCCACCUCCACCGUACCGGCACAGGAAUACGGUAGUGUAACGACGCAGUUCUAGAGAGCCAGAUUAUCCUACCAGCACCGUACGAUAAAUUGGAAUUACUGAAUUAAUGGAAAACUCCCAACUUCAGGAAUUAAGGAUGGAGACUUAUCGGACGUUAAAGGGAAAACUGAUCAACCAAAGUGCCUCUAAACUAUUCCAAAAGCUAUUCUAUCUUUUCUAUUCCAAUAAAUCAGAAUGUAACCAGAUGUACACCCUUUAAAGGGAUAAUUUAGCCAAAAAUGAACAUUCUGUCAUCAUUUAUUCACUGUCAUGUCGCUCCAAACAUAUUUAUGUUCAAACCCAAAUGAAGAUAUUUUUAAUGAACCCUGAGAGAUUUUUUUGUCCUUCCACUGAAAGUCCAUUACACAGGGAGGGAAAAAAACAAAAAACUCUAAUUUGUUACAGCCAAAUGUAUUACUUUUUCUUACUUUCCCAAAGACAAAAAUAUACAUUCCUAACAAGUAAAAUUAUUAUUAUAAACACCCUAUACAUUUUGUUAGUCUGUUUAAUUUAGUUUACUUACUAUAAAUAAUGAUAUCUUCAGAAGAACUUUAUUGUGAUGUCUCUUUAAAAUAUGCAUAAUCUUUUCUGAUAUGUACUAACAAAAACACUGAAAAAAUAAAUAAAACCCACAAUCAUUUCUGCAGUCAGUAAAGGUAGCUAACAUCGACACUUUGGUGUCAAGCAGAAAUACCAUUUAGGCUAAAUUGUUUAUAUUGUAUCUUAGGGGCGUGUUAUUUGCUUUUAGUCAUACCAGAACAGGAAACCAUCGAUUAGUCUAAUAUAAAAAUACAAACACAUAGUCAUUUCACUUUUUUUGGUGUACACCAAAGCUCUGGCAUUUAAACAUUUUCAUUAAGACAUCAUAAAAUAAAUCCAUAUGAAUCAAAUGGAAGCUCAGAUGUGCUUGCUUGACCAAUGAGGUUCGAUGAGCUUCUAUUUACCAUGUUUGAUGUGCUGUAUUUAUGUGCACCGAUCUGUGUUUAUAUGUGAAUAAAAGUCUAAAUGAAACCAUGUCAUGAAGUAUUCAUGUCUUUUCAGAAGAUUUGGGUUAAACCACUAAAUUCAUAUAGACUUUUUUUACAAUCUCUAAGUUUUGAUGGAAAGAACUUUCAAUAUAGGGACAGAAAUCUCUCAGGUUUCAUUUAAAAUAUCUUAAUUUGUGAUUCAAGAAGGUUAGGAAGGGCAUGAGGGUGAGUAAAUGAUGAAAGAAUGUUAAUUUUUGUGCGAACUGACUCUUUAUUUCUCACCUCUGACUGUUUCUCCUACAGUUAGGACAUUCAUCAUGAGAAUGUGGAAAUUGUUGUCCAAUUUGACAAAAAGGUAACGGAAAACAAGGGGGAAAAACACUUGCUCUCUUACUUUUUUUUUUUUUUUUUUUUUUUUUUUGGUGAAAAGCUAUUUAAAUUUAUUAUGGUUUAUUUCUGGUGUCGUAAGUUUAGACCAACUGUCUUUUUGACCACUUACUGUCCAUUCUGUAUCGUUGCUGUUGAUGCCGUAAGCUAUAUUCUCUUCCAAUUUUUGACCGAUGGACAUGCAUUACGAAUCUAGGACUGCCCCCAAGAAAAUUGGGGUACAUUAACUCUUGUAUGUGAAUGAGACCAUGAUGUGGAUUGUAAAUUGGCGUAUCUUCUUGUACCAUAGUGGAUUUAUUAAUGGACUACGCUGGUUGGAUACUAUUUAUUUUCAGUCAUGUUCUUGUUCGUGUUGUUUAAACUUACCAGUUUCCCCCUGUCCCUGGACCACAAAACCAGUCAUAAGGGUCAUUAUUAUUUAAUUUUUUUUUUGGAUUAAAUAAACUUUCUGUUGAUGUAUGGUUUGUUAGGACAGGACAAUAUUUGGCCGAGAUACAACUAUU